AUGAGUACCAUGAAAAGUCCUGAGCAUCUAGCAGAUGCUUGUCUUCCAUCCUCCACGGGCGAGAUCUUGACAAGCAAAGACGACCCUGGAAGCCUAAGAAGGCUUCUGCCACUCACUGGCUCAUCCGUACUGGCACGGCGACUGUUCCACCUCCAGUCAUACUGCAACCCGUUAAUACCCAAUAGACGACGUAAACGUGAAAUGACUCCCACUGAGAAAAAGGACGCGUCGUAUUGGGUGAAACGGAAGAAGAACAACAAGGCCGCCAAGCGUUCCAGAGAGAAGCGACGACUCAAUGACUUCAUGCUGGAGGGGCAACUUCUGGCACUGAACGAGGAGAAUGCCCAGCUCCGGGCCGAGGUGCUGAGUUUGCAGUAUUACAUGGGGACUGGCCGAGGUCUGGACGUCAAUCUUCCCAUUGUGCCCUUCCACUAUCCCGUUGCGUCCCAUCUCAAGCCUUCCAUGUGGGGUUUGCCUACUGGUACUGCUCCUCUUCCAGCAGAAGCUCCAGAGCUGUACCACUCUUGGCAUGGCUCAUUUCCAUUCAUCUCACCCCUGAGGGUGCCUCCUAAAAGUGCCAACCUACCGUCACAGAUUAGCCAUUUGGACAACAAUGCUGACCCAGUAGAGGCAGACACAGCAUCUCACCCACAGGUCUCUUCCAGCAACGACCCACCAAGCCACCCACAACGGUUUCCGUCCCAGAGAGCAUCUGCAGCCUCACCACCCCCUCCUCAGCUGCUGCCUGGGUUGAGCCAGUCUGCCACCCAGCACAGCAACCAGAUGUUACCUUGGGGCUCGUCAUCUUUGCGUCCAUCUCCCCUUCAUCCCAGCUGGCCACUGUCCUUCCCUAUGUCGCUACAAGACACAGACGAAUCUCAUAAUGGCGUAAGGUCCCUCUGGAACCUCAACAGCAGGUACUGCAUGCUGUCUGCUGAGAUCUCAGGACAGCUCAGAAGAAUCUUUUGCCCGGAGAACACUUAA